GGUUUAUGGUGCUGGAAAUUACGUGUACAGUGCGGUACCAUGGCAGGUGGGGUCCAGGCUGACAGCCGUUGAUCUGACGGACGGACGCCCCUGGGGUGCAAUGCACAUGUCCGGUGUUACACCUACACAGGUCCACCUGCCACAUGGGUUUGCAUGCUGCUGGUGUUUAUUUAAGCAAAACCAUAACGUAUGAACACAUAAAUCCAUCCUGGGGUUUUCGGAAUGCAGACCACAACUGUCACGGUCGAAACCGGCGCUUCUGUUUGACCUUCACACAGCAGUAAUACAGUCUCGGAGGAUUAUCCGAUCCGCGGCGCAUUAACGUCUGAUACCGUGAAUGCGGAACAAAUCGGACAUACAAACUAUAUUACAUCCCCCGUUCUCCUUCAAAGACCGCUAUGAAAUAAGAAAAUAAAACUAGCGCACCUCCCGGGCAAAAAUCCCAGAAUCCUCAGCGCGGUUGCCGGGCGAUGGGAAACGACGCCGGAGCGCCGAAGCUGUAGCCUUAACGGCACUGUAAGGCGGAUUAAGGACAUGUCGGUGUCGGAGUGUGCCCCGCAGCCCGUGGUCACUGAUCCUCGGCCGGCUCCGGAGCUCCCGGCCGGAGGUGCGAGGCCACAGGACGUAGUGGUGGCGCCUCCCACGUCCGGCGGAGAGGACGAGGAGGAUGGAAAGAUUAAGGAGGAAGGAGAAUUAGGAGAAGAUGAAAUCGGAGACCACCUGUCCGACCUGGGGACCGUGACGGCAGCGGAGCACGUGUACCGGUCCCUGUCCAUAACACAGGGCCUGAGUCCCAGAGGAAAAUCUGCCCUCUGCUCAUACAUUUACCUCCAGAACCUGGAAGUGCCGUUCAGCAAGAUCAAAGAUCUGUCCUGCGUCAGCUUCGUGCCGCACCUCAUCACGCUGGACGCCUCUCACAAUGACAUCACCAACUUCUUUGGAUUCCAGCCGCCGCGGAACCUCGAGGAAGUCAACUUGUCCCACAACCACAUGUCGGAGAUGAAAGACCUGUCAGCAUAUCCAUCGCUCCGGAGACUGAACCUGGACUACAAUAACUUCCGCGAGAUCCGAGGUCUCCAGCGCUGUGUGAGCCUCACACACCUCAGCCUGGCCCAUAACAGGCUGUACAGCACUCGAGGUCUUAACAGCCUGCCCCUCAGAGAUGUUUCUUUGAAGGCCAAUCAGAUCCAGAGAGUAGAGAACAUGGACUGCCUCCGGGCCCUGCAGACAUUGGACCUGUCCUACAACAGGAUCCAGUCUCUCUCUGGACUCCAGAAUCUGGACUACCUGGGAGUGAUCAACCUGGAGGGGAACCUGGUGCGUGAAAUUAAGGAGGCCUGUCACCUUCACGACCUGCCCUUACUACGGGUGCUCAAUCUGCAGGAGAACCCGGUACAGGAUCAGCCCGACUACCGCCUGGCCGUCACCUUCUUCCUGCAGAGGUUAACCACCUUGGACCAAAAGGAGGUGACUGUGGAGGAGAAGGUUUCUGCCAUGAACAAGUUUGACCCCCCCGCUGAGGUGGUUGCAGCCAAGGAUCACAUGGUGCACCUGAUGUACCACCUGAUGCAGCCGCAGGUUCUGCUUAACAGCACGCUGCCUGGGCUGGACACCCCCUACCCCAUGCUGGUGCUCACAGGACCCCAGGCCUGUGGGAAGCGGGAACUGGCCCACAAGCUCUGCCAGCACUUUGCUGACUUCUUUGCCUAUGGGACCUGCCACACCACCCGGAGCCCAUAUUUCGGGGAGGUCGACGGCUGUGAUUAUCACUUUGCCUCUGAGGAGGAGUUCCAGCGCAUGACUCGCAUGGGAAAGUUCAUCGAGACGAUCCAAUACAGGGAGCACCACUAUGGCCUGUCGUGGGAUGCCAUCGAGGCGGCAGCCCAGGACGGCCUUGCCUGCUGUGUGCACAUGGAGCUGGAGGGGGUGCGCAGCCUGAAGAUGAGCCGCCUGGAGCCUCGCUACGUGCUGCUUGUGCCCACAGACCUGGAGGCCUAUGCCUGCCGCCUACGUCAGCGUGGCCUUUACAGCCAUGCCCAGGUGCAGACCGCCGUGGCUCGUGUUGCUCUCUACGUCACUGUCAACAGGAGGCAGCCUGGCUAUUUCGACAACGUCAUCCCCUGCGAUGACCUCCGGGAGGCGUACACGAUGCUUAGUCAGGUGGUGCGGGAUUAUCUGGGCUUGGAUGAGCAGAUGGCAGGAAAAUCCACGCCUGCCACCAGUGCGGGUGACUCGCUGGCGGCCGAGAAAGAAAGAGACCGCGAUAACAGAGUCUUCGGCAACAAAGUCGAGGCCAGGAUGGUGCCACAGACGACCUCCACCGAAACAGCCGCCCUGCAGAGGCGUAGGCAGUUAGCGAGGGAGGCUGUCGCGGGCCAGAGUGCGGCCGCUUACACCCAGCUCUUCAGCAGGUCCCCUGUCACAGCCCCGGGGGGGGCCAGGGCUGUCAGCCCUUACCAGCAAGAACACAGGGAGAACAGCUCCCCGGAAUCCCGCCCCAGCUCUGGCCUGUCCACGCUCUCCUUGGCCCGGGCCUCUCUGGAGGACAUGUAUGACGGGCCGGAGCCCCCAGGUGGUCUGGGGCAGGACCCAGAGCAGCCGGCAGACCCCACCACCACUCCAGACAGGAGCCAGUUGGCAUCCCGAGGCUCCUCAUCCCGGCCCGGGGCAGAUGCCAAACCCAUCCUGCCCCCCAUCCCAUCAGGACGCAGGACCUCAGAGCCGUGAACAGGCUGGGAGAGCUUUGAGUAGCGUGUAUCGUGUUUAAUGUUACUCAUGCUGCAUCAGCCGUAGUACACUGUGUAGGACUGUUUUACUUUCCCCUGCCAUGAAAUGGUAUGAUACUCAUAAUCUAUAGUAAUAAAUGGUAAUAGAACAUCA